UGGAGUCACAAUCGUCGUACCUGAGAAAGCCUCUCUGCAACCCGCCAAUCCCUCACCCACGGGCAUAUCUCAUCAAGAAGCUACGCAGAAGUUCUCUCUUAGUGCCUCCAACAAGGACGAAGCACGAAGCUCACCUCCUCAACCCCACCAAAUCUUCCCGCCUUUCCCUGCUGUCUCUUUCUCCUUUUGCUUCCUAUAAUUUCCCUAUUUACCAUUUCAGCUUUACGGCAAUUCCACUUCCUAUACGCCAUCCCUAUCUUCUACCCAGCAUGGCAGAACCAAAUGGAUUUUACGGAAUUCGUAAUUCUCAAUUCCGUGGCAUUUUCAGUGGAAUAUGGUUUUUGAUGUUGCUUUUUUUAUUGUACAAUCAGGGGAAUUCUCUUCAGAAUCCGUUUCUACUUAACUCGCCUUGGCCUCUUCCUCUCACUCAACAAUGGAGCUUGAGAGGCAGGAGCAUUUCUGAAAGUAAUGUCACCACCUCUCUCACUGAUGCCAAAGUCAUCCCGCAUACUGAUCCGAAAGUGUGUUCUGGGUUGUUUGAGCACAAGGGUUACAGUAAUCACUGUGAAUAUUUGAUUGCUCAUCCUGAGUGCACUUCAGGUGGCUUUUUCAAUUACAUCAGAUUUUACUUCUGUGAUUGUCAUAAGUUUGCCAUUUUGGGGUAUGUAGUAUUGGGUCUAUGGCUUGUAGCUCUUUUUUAUUUGUUAGGAAAUACUGCAGCAGAUUACUUCUGUUGUUCCUUGGAGAAGCUGUCGAAUCUGUUGAAGUUGCCCCCAACUGUUGCUGGUGUUUCUUUGCUGCCGUUGGGGAAUGGAGCUCCUGAUGUAUUUGCUAGUAUUGCUGCAUUUUCUGGCAAUGAUACAGGUGAAGUGGGUCUCAAUAGUGUCUUAGGUGGAGCUGUUUUUGUUUCUUGCGUUGUUGUGGGUACUGUCUCUCUUUGUGUUUCGGAGAGGAGGAUUCAGAUUGAUAGGACAUGUUUUGUAAGAGAUGUAUGCUUCUUUCUGUUUGCUCUUCUGUCACUUAGUAUUGUUAUGCUUGUUGGUAAGAUGACUGUAGAAGGCGCAGUAGCAUUUGUUUCGAUUUAUGUGGUUUAUGCAUUUGCAGUUGCAGCAAAUGAGAUUUUUAAGAAAAAUUCCUGGAGAUUGAGAUUGGGUUCUGUAACACCACUGCUUCCUGUUACUGAAAGUGCAUUUUCUCAUGGAAGUGAAGAUGAUGAAUCUGUUUAUGCCUCACUGCUCAAGUCUGACUCCAAAUUUGAUGUACCACAACUCCAAGACGAGGUGCCUCAAUGGAUGUGGGCUUCACAUUUGGCAAUUUAUUCUAACGAGAUUGUGAAGGAGAGUUCAGAAAAUGAAUGGGGUUGGAAUGAGAUACAAACAGUGAGGAAUCAAUCUUCCUGCUCCUGUUCAAAUUUGUGUUGCUUGCUGGAGAUGCCAUUGACACUCCUGAGAAGAUUGACAAUUCCUGUAGUUGAGGAGCAACGAUGGUCAAAAGGGUAUGCUGUUGCCAGUGCUACAUUGGCACCACUUCUUCUUUCUCUUUUAUGGAAUACCCGAGAUGAGGUUAGUAUUCUAAAUCGACAAAUUUCAUAUUUCCUUGGAGUUUCUUCUGGCGGAGUUCUUGGUGUCCUUGCAUAUAUAUACACCAAAGAGGACGAACCGCCGCGCAAGUUUCUAUUGCCAUGGAUUCUGGGGGGAUUUUUAAUGAGCAUCAUCUGGUUCUACAUGGUUGCGAAUGAGCUUGUUGCUUUGCUUGUAGCAUUAGGCGUAAUAUUUGGAAUCAACCCAUCACUCCUUGGCUCAACUGUGUUGGCAUGGGGAAACUCUAUGGGAGAUUUGAUGUCAAAUUUUGCACUGGCAAUGAAUAGUGGAGACAGUGUGCAAAUUGCAAUGUCAGGAUGCUAUGCAGGUCCUAUGUUCAACACAAUUGUUGGGUUGGGGCUGUCGAUGAUGCUUGGAGCCUUGUCUAGGAGACCCAAUUCUUACAAAAUUCCUGAAGACAGGAGUUUGUUUUAUACAAUGGGAUUUCUUGUGUCGGGGCUGAUUUGGUCACUCAUUGUGUUACCACGCAACGACAUGCGGCCUAACAAAAUGUUAGGGAUUGGGCUUAUAGCAAUCUACUUAAUGUUUCUGGUAUUCAGGGUGAGUAUAUCAAUUGGUGAUGAUUGAUAUGUCAAUGGCAGGAAUUUUUGGAAUUUUGCUUUGUCACCAGCAGUGGCAUUUGAUAUUCUUCAACCCCAUGAAGCCUAAAUUUUGAUCUUGCCCAAUUCAUCCUCUGUUUUUCCAGCAUUUGAUGAGCUCACUUGGAAGAGUUUUGGCUUGUUUCGUGCAUGUUGUGCAAGUGUCUUGUUUGAUUCUUCAUUGUAAUUGAAUGCCUUUAGCUAGUUGGUGUUACAACUGCGCAGGAUUCUAAUGCGAUUAAUUGAAGGCAUGAUCGAUGGGAAAUGAAAUAUGGAACCAAAUUUAU